ACCUAGAAAAUAGCUUUCUUAUUCUUCGGUUUGCUUAGGUUCCCUUCUUUGUUCCCAGGAACAAAAUUGAGGAGUCUCUUUAAAUGUUAUUGAAAUAGAAAAAGAACCUGAAAAGAUGCAACUUUUAGGUGAUAGUCCACAUAAUAAAUCUCUCACUGUAAAGUUGAUUUAAAUAUUUCUUCUUUAAUUUCUUUUUUUUCUUUUACCUCAGCUGCUCACUAUCAUUUUUUCCUGUCCUACAGUUUGUGUGAGCAAGCUCUUGAAAACUAUCUGAGAUGUUCUUAGCUGGGGGAAUUGAAAAACACCCGUACUGUGUAUGUGUGGGGGGGAGGCUGUUAACAAAGUCAGGCUGGAGUCUGGCUUGUCCCUUAAAAAGAACAAAAACUUGAAGCUGAAUCGCUACAGCUGCAGCAUUGGAGAAAGGCAGUGGGAACACCUUAGAACGAGUGGUGUUUCUUAGGAAUGCAAUGGAGGUGGGGUGCAGCGUACCUCCGGGCAACGGAUGCACAGGGAGCUCACCCCAACCGAGCAGCCGCCAGGUUGCUUGAGCCUGCUGGGACGUGGGGCUGGUGAGAGCAGGGGCCGUGCGGCACUGCUGCCAGCCAGACCCCGACCUCAUGCACAAAAUAAGUUAAAUGCCUGAAGAAUUAGAGCAUUGUAAAAAGGAGUGUGUAAAGUCUAAAGGUCAUGGUUUCUGCUAAAAAGAAAGGUGGUAUCUGGGCAGGGGGAGAUGGGAGUCGUGCAUGCGGGCAGCUUGCCGAGUGCUGCCGUUCCUGCCCAGGAGCGUGCAGAUUCAUUCCCUGAACUGUAAGAGCGUUUACUUCUGUGCAGGUGUGAUGGCCAUGGGCAUUGAAGUGUAUUGCUCUUCCCAUUCACUUAGGUAUUUUUCAGCGUUGUCGAAAGGCGAGCCCCCUCCUGUGAAAGAGAGGAUUGAAAUGCCUUUAGCAACAGAGAAAACAGGUGCUGGUUUGACCCCAGGACUCCUUAAAAUCCUGCACAAACAGCUUUCUCCCAAAGGCACGGUGAGUGUUGCAGAACUGAAGGAAAAAUGGAAGCACUUGUGCUUGCCAGAGGACCAACUGAAAGCUAUCCUCCAGUUGGACAAUUUCGGCGAGGAGGUGGAAUGGAUGAAGUUCCUGGCACUGGGGUGCAGUGUGCUCGGCGGGUCCUUACUGAGUUCAAUGAAACAUGCCUGUGAAAUCUUAACAAGGGACCCAGAAGGCGGAGCAGCUCGCAUUCCCUUCGAAACAUUCUCAUUCCUCUACUCCUAUUUGGCCAGUAUCGAUGGAGAGAUACCAGAGCAGAAAACUGAAGCAUUCCUCCACAAAAUUAAAGAACAAGCCGACCAACAAACUGGCAUGGUGCUGCUCAGAAACUUUCUGACCCAGCCCUCAACACUGCUUUGAUCAACCUUACUCCUCAGCACCAGAUACUCACCUCAGUGUACGACUUCUUUGUUAUAUGAACAUUCUUG